CACCAACAUCAAAGCAAUAAAUACACAUAACAGCAUAUGGUUCGCGCUGACGGGAGGUGGACGGUGGUGAUGAAUACUUAAGUUAAUUCACCCACACAAAAAAUAAGUUGGAAACCAAAAUGGCGUUCCGCGAUGGUGCUCUGGUGGUGGUUCUGGGGCUGUGUCUGCUGUAUGUGAAGGGCGGCGAAGGUGCAGAGUCACAAGACAAGGAACACAGCAGCCGUCAUGACUUGAUGACCCAUCUGUUGGGUACGCACAAUCCCCUAGUCAUCCCCAGCACGCCCUUAAAAGUUUCCUACAAACUAGACCUCCUGGCGAUCGAGGGUGUGGACGAGAAGGAAAACAUCCUCCGAAUUUCCGCUUUCGCAACGGUGUUUUGGUCUGACCACCGUUUCCAGUGGGAUCCAGCAAACUAUAGCGGUAUACUUUCUGCGAGCCUACCUAAAAAAGCUAUCUGGCAUCCAGACCUCGAACUGCUGUACUCGCAAGUUGAGGAGAUAGAUGACAUCAACUUGCGUGUGUUUCCCGAUGGGUUUGUCGGGCACUACCUUCCGAUGCGUCUGGCCAUACCGUGCUCUUUUGACUUCAACGACUACCCGUACGAUGCCCACACCUGCGACAUUCGGGUGGAAUCCUGGACCAAUCCCGGUUCCAUGCUCAAUCUGACUCUUGGUGGGGCGUCAGCAGCCGGCACAUGGUACCAUCGUGUCAACAGCCAGUGGGAGAUCCAGUCCUUCACAGCGAACAAGACCGUGGAUAUUUUUCCACCUUCCCCAGAGCAGUACAUCUAUCUGACGUUCCGUCUCCAGUUCAAACGCACGGUGGGCGAGUACGAGAUACGCGCUGUGGUGCCCUCUGUCAUCACAUCGCUUCUGAUCCUGCUGUGUUUUCUCAUCCCUCCACUGUCUGGUGGGAGAAUGGUUCUCUGCUCCGUCGUCAUCCUCUGCAUCUUACUUCAACUGUACCAUCUCAACCUGACCGUGCCCAUCCGAGGUCCCAACGCCCCCUUCCUGGCAGAUUUCCUCUGUUUCAGCGUGAUCCUGGCCGUCUUUGCAGCCGUUGAGAGUGUGGUGUCAAUGAAUCUCUCCAGUUGGGGAACCUUGAGUGGGAGUAGCAACAACAACAACAACAACAGUAACGCCCCCAAAGACGGGGAGGAGCUCGUGGCGCAACCCAAGCCAAGUUUGUUCCUGAUGCAACUCGCUCGAAUCAUCGACUUGGUCUGCUUCGUCAUCUUCACCAUCACCUUUGCUAUCGGUGGGGGCAUCAUACUCAAUCCUAAAACGGAGUAGAGAGGAAUGCGAGACACUUCAAACAGCACACAACCGGCACAUUGUAAAUUAAGCCUUGAAAACGGGGGCAUUAAUGCUCUCGAUCCGUCAAGAUUAGUUAAGUUAUAUAACGAAAACCGUUCACAAAAUAAUGCCACACAGUUGCAUAUCACUGAGACUAAAACUUUUAAAUUUGCGUUGUUGCUCCUCUGAAAUCCUAGUACAGUGUGACGUCACACCAAAGCGCCACUGACGGGUAACCCCAAAACAAUGUAUCUCUUGCAUGCUCGGUUUCCUUCGAUAAAAACAGGUGUCAUCACUUUAACACAGUUUCUUGGAAGUUAGCAAGCGUGUAUAAUUUUGUUUAGUAUUUCUUAACAGCGUUUAUAAGUUAAACAAGGUGUUCAGCAUUUCUGUACAGCGUUUAUAAGCUCAACAAGGUGUUUAAAAUUUCUUAACAGCGUUUAUGAGUACAACAAGGUAUUUGGUAUUUUUUUUAAACAGCGUUUUUAAGUGAAACAAGAUGUGUUAAAUAUUUCUUAACAUUGUUUAUGAGUUCAACAAGGUAUUCAGUAUUUCGUAAUAUCGUCUGUAAGUUAAACGAGGUUAGUAUUUCUGUAUAUACAGCGUUUAUAAGUUCAACAAGGUGUUUGGUAUAUUUAAAACAGCGUUUAUAAGUUUAACGAGAAAUUCAAUAUUUCUUAACAGCAUUUAUGAGUUCAACAAGGUGUGCAGUAUUUUUUAAUAUCAUUUAUAAGUUAAACAAGGUUAGUAUUUCUUAUCAACGUUCAUAAGUUAAACAAGGGGUUUAGCAUUUCUGCACAGCCUUUAUAAGUUAGACAGGGAUUAUGGUAUUUCUUAACGUUUAUUAAAUAAACAUGGUGUUUAAUAUUUCUUAAGAUCCUGUAUAAAUGAAUCAAGGUGUUCAGUAUUUCUUAACAGCGUUUAUAAGUCCCACGAGGUGUUUAGUAUUUUCUUAACAGCGUUUAGAGUUCAACGAGGUGUUUAGUAUUUCUUAAGAGCGUUUAUGAGUUCAACGAGGUGUUUAGUAUUUGUUUUAACAGCGUUUAUGAGUUUAACGAGGUGUUUAGUAUUUCUUAACAGCGUUUAUGAGUUUAACGAGGUGUGUAGUAUUUCUUAACAAUGAAAAGUACGACAAUUCUUCCCAUAA